AUGGCAACCAUCAUCGCGAGCGAGUUCCCAGCGCCCCAGGCCACGACCAGCUCUCUCGCAAGGCUGCACCGCGAAGUCGGACAGCAGUCUUAUCUUGAGAUCUGGGAGGCCGUGGUGGCCGCCGUUGAAGGAUACUGGAUGGAGCCGGCCCCGUCCUCGACGGCUUCUUCCUCCGGCGCAGGAAGAAACCCCAGGGUCGAUGCCGUCACCGACUCUCCCCAACACGAAGUCCCGCGACACAGGACAGUGCCCGAGACCGACCCGCUUCGCGACCACAGAGAGCCGGCGACGCUUCGAGGCUCGAGCUGGACCAAGCAGGCGCGCCUGGACGAGUCGGUGCUUGAGAUGCGUAGGGACCUCAACGUUAUGCUGCCGCGCGGUGUGUAUGCCCGGCACACCAGGGCCAUCAAGGACUUGGUCUGUCGUGCACACCGAGCCGUCCUGACUGUCAUCGAGGCUGAAGAUGACCAUGAUGAAUUCGAGACCGAGGCCUUUGUGAAUCUUACGGCUGAGGAUUUUGAAGACUAA